GCAUGGCAUGAGGCCUGUUUCUGAUCCUACUUUUCUCGUGCUGUACUUACGAGACCACUGUUCUCUCAUCAUGGAGACGCAUAGACAUGAAAUUUUGAGCAAGUCCAUCCUCUCUUCUCCCACUUUUGAUGCAAGCACGCUCUCUUAGCGCGAGCGCAAACGUGUCAGCGGCAAAACAACGUACUCGGAGGAUGGUAAAGUGGUGAUUCUCACUUUGACAUCAUUCGGAGGUGUUGACCUUUUAGCCAGACAUGAACGUAAAGUUGUUCGAGAAAGAUACUUGCCGAUCUCGCCCUGUAAUCGUCAUCCCGACAACAACAUACUGUUGUUUCUCGAAAAUACAUCGCUUUCCUUGCGCAAACGGUCAUGGAUUAACACCAGUGAGCACCGCACUAUUGCGUACAACACAUUGAGGUCAUACGACAAAACACACAACAAGUAUAUGCUAUCGAAGACGUCAUAUUUGCAACUUGUAGAGUAUGCAAAGUUUGUUUUGCCACAGACCAACGUUCGUGCUGCAUUGUCUACUAUCAGCAUGCUCCCUGGAAGAUCGCAAAAUGCAGCGACAACUUUCGUGUCGGGAACUACGCAGAAUUCUCAACCCGGGGGUUUUCAACCGCAGCAUCUACAUCGACCAGCACCUAUUGUUUUCCAACCAACACGAACAGGCUCUUCGAGUAAUGAGCACUACUGGCUCAUGAGCCUUCCGCAGUAUGGAAACUACGGAGCGAUCACAACCACAUCACCAAGAACAGCUCGCAAUAAAAUCCAGCCUCCAGAGCAAUCAUCUUGGAGUAAUCAAUCAAGGACAUCGAAUGGGAAUGACUCUCUCGUGCUUCUUUUAUUGUUAUUUAUGAGUGCUCUCAUCGGUUACGGUGUAUAUAUUGUGGCGGUGGGCAAAACCUGAUGGCUGGGCAUCCAUUUAUACGCAUUCAAGAAUGGAACAAGAUUGUCGAGAAGUUAGCAGAAAAGCCUAGUCGCGAGGCGUCAAAGAGAGGCCUCAAAUCGUUCGGUCAUGAAGUGACAAGUAAGGACCAAGGGUCAGAAAUGUUAUAGGCUUUUAGCGCUGUUUGUGGGCCAUAUUCAGCCAGAAACUCAAUGUCAGUCCAUACCGACCAGACAUUUACUGAAACGAGACCAGAAAGAUGCCGUAGCAGAAAGCAACAAG